GGUGAGAUCCGGCAGUUCCCGUUCAGGGACCCCCGACGAAUCUCCGUCGCAAAGGGCCUCAGUAUAAUUCCCGUCGACGAUGCGCCGGCCGUUUUGUUUGUUCUGCACAUCUUCCAUACCACAUCGGUCUGCGCCAAUUGACUUGGAACUGUCGUCGCGCUUCUUGCAGACCACUUACAUUUUUAAUACUUGACCUUCUUCUUCAGUCUCUCUUUUCCGGAACCAACCGCGAUGCCAAAGUCCGACAGCGCCCCUGCGGGCCUCAGCCGGCUCCUCGCCGUUCUGGCUGUUCUCACCGGCCUGUUGGCGUCCGUCUUCUACGUCCUGGAGCAGAACCUCGACAAGUUCUACAUCUUCGAGCUCGAGCACUUGGACGACGUGUCGAAGCGCGCGCUUGCCGAGCAUGGCAACAAUACCCGCGCCGUCGUGCAGUACAUCACCUCAGAGCUUCACGAGAAGCACCCUGCCCACAUCAACCUGCACGAGGAGUGGGUUUUCAACAACGCAGGCGGUGCCAUGGGCGCCAUGUACAUCAUCCACGCCAGUGUGACUGAGUACCUCAUCAUCUUCGGAACCGCAAUUGGCACCGAGGGUCACUCUGGCCGCCACACGGCCGACGACUACUUCCACAUUCUGUCGGGAACGCAGCUCGCAUACGUGCCUGGCUCAUACGAGGCCGAGGUCUACCCUCCGGGCAGCAUCCACCACCUGCACCGCGGCGACGUUAAGCAGUACAAGAUGCCCGAGGGCUGCUUCGCCAUGGAGUACGCCCGCGGAUGGAUCCCUCCCAUGCUGUUCUUCGGAUUCGCGGAUGGUCUGUCGAGCACUCUGGACUUCCCCACGCUGUGGCACACUACUCGCAUCACUGGACGCGAGAUGAUCGCCAACCUGCUGAAGGCGAAGUUGUAAGCAACGGAUAUCUCUCAAGGAUUGAGGGGGAUAAGAUUGUCGACGCGGCUGGGUAUAGUGACUUUGGAAUCAGCUUCCUAAACAAUGAGUCAGCUAUGUGUCCAGGCCACCAUUCAAACACAUUCAGAUACCAUCAAGGUCGAAUUGUAGAGGGUGUACGAUAGUGUAAAUGAUCAGUAAGAGAGAGGGACAUCAAUUUAGACGGGGUAAAAAAAUGCAAACCAGCAUUGGUGGACGAAAUAUCAUUUGCACCGCGAGAUGUGAACGAAAUUACUCAACCAUAAGUUUUCGAGCUCCCUGUUUUGGAAUGGCGCUGCCUGUCGCAUGUUACAGGCCACAAGGGUUAAAUAUGUGCAUGCAUCCUUGACGAUAUCCGCGGUGACUGCUCGUUACGGCAGUCGCCAUAAUGCAGCGGCUUUGGACUGUAGUAAUGCUUCGACCUCC